GCAACCCUAGAGCACGAAGAUCUUUACUGUGUGGCAAAGCUUGCUUGCCUCGCUUCCUUUCUUCUACCGUCCACGCUCCUUUCUUCUUCCUCAAGAUGGGAAAUUAAUAAUUCACAAAUUAGAAUUAGAAAUUUAUAAAUAUCAGCUAACGUAACAGUAGUCGAUACUGGGGGCAACCUAAUAGACCCGAAUUUUCCCGAGAAUAAAAAGAUCGACAAUUUCCUCAAAGUUCAGCCCUUCAAAUGGCUGGCAGAAAGCUGGUUCGUGACUUGUUACUGUCCAAGCGAUCUCUUGUUCAAUUAACGUCUCGGCAGCCGGGAUUUCCAAUUUCACAGGCUUCAAACGCGAGGUUGCGUUUGCUUUCUGCGGAUAGGCAUUCGAGUCUUCGCGGAUAUAGUGUAUUCAAUGAAUUCUCUAAGAAGCUAAAAGGCGAAGCUGAUAGUAAUCCAGAAUUCCAGCAGUCUAUGAAGGAGCUGAAUGAGAAAGCAGAUGAGCUGAGAGGGGUAAAAGAGGGGCUUAAAGAAAGAACAAAGCAGAAAACUGAGCAGCUGUACAAACAGGUCGAUGAAGUUUGGACAGAUGCUGAAGUUGCCGCAAAGAAGGUUUCUGAAAACAUGAAAGAAAAGAUUGCAUCUGCUACUGAGGAGGUGAAAGAAACCUUCGGGAUUGGGAAGCAGGAUUCUUCAGGGUCUUCUGGUUCUUCAUGUGAGCAGGACGCUGAUGCAAAACAAGCAAGCCAGGCCUCAUCCGAGGAUGGGAAACACCAGCAAUUUGGGUCUAGUAAUGCUGCAGACUCAUUCUUUGGCAAAUUUAAGUCAACCAUUUCUUCCCCAAAUGUUUCUACGGCCUUCCAUAAAUUGAAGGACGUGAAGAUAGUCAACAUAGCCAAAAAAGGAUAUGAUAUUGUGAGGGAGGAGCUAAGUAGUAAUCCGACAAAGAGAAGGCAUGUUCCUUUCAAAUCAAGCGGGGAAACGAGUACAAGAACAGAGCUGGUUGUCAUGCCCUCACAACAGUCAUGGUGGGCUAAGAAGUUUGAUCAAUUUAAAGAGAAGGCGAAGGGCCAUCCUAUGUCCAAGCGAUUUGUUCAGUAUAGUGACCCUGUGAAGUCAAAGGGCCAGGAGAUUGUAGAAGACUUGCGUGAAAGAUAUGAGACCAGCGACAACCCCAUUAUUCACAAAAUACAAGAUAUCAAUGAUAGCAUGUUUCAAGAGUCAGAUGCCGCACUAUCAUACAAGGAAAUUCGUCAAAGAGAUCCUUAUUUCUCAUUACCAGAAUUCGUGGUGGAAGUUCAGGAGGCAAUAAAACCAGUGCUUAAUGCUUACAUCAAGGGAGAUGUUGAAGUUUUGAAAAAGUAUUGUUGUCCUGAGCUCAUUGAACGCUGUAAAGCAGAGCAUGCCGCAUAUCAAAGUAAUGGUAUCUUCUUUGAUAACAAGAUUUUGCAUGUAUCCGAGGUUGAAGUGAGAGAGACCAAGAUGAUGGGGCCCUCUCCCUUAAUCAUCGUAAUGUUUCAAACACAGCAAAUCUAUUGUGUACGUGACAGGAAUGGGUCAAUUGCAGAAGGAGGCAAGGACACAAUCCACACAGUUUAUUAUGCUUGGGCUUUACAACAAAUGGAACCAGAAGAUCGAGGAGAAGAUUGCAUUUACUUGAUGUGGAGACUAAGAGAGAUGCAACAGCAAGGAAUCCGAGCCCUCAUCUAGCUUCUUUUUCCCCCCUAAUACUCUAUUAAAAGCCUGCAGAGGCUGUUGUAUAAUUAUUGCCUUUCAUAUUCGAACG